AUGAUAUUAUCGGGAAUAGGUAAAGUUGAGUAUGGCAUGAACAAAAGUGAAAUGGCUGUAUGCCUGCGCCUAUUUGAAAAGGAAUGGCGAAAUGGUCCUAAAGAUGGUACUGAUAUAAAGCAUGACGCUAAUAAUGGUGAACAAGACUAUAGAGAAUUACCUGAAAUGUCUAAGGAUAAACCAAAAAGAACGGAUACUUCAAAAGAUGUCCAAAAAAGCAUAGACUGCUCUGUCUGUAAUAAUAUGAAAGAUAGUGAAAGGAAAGAUAAUUCAGAUGGAAUAACGAAAACUGACAACAAACCGAAAAAUACGCCUAAAGAGACAAAAAUAUCUGAUAAAAAAGCGGACGUAUCAUUGAAAACCGAACAUCAAGAAAAUCAGCAAAAUGAGAAAAAGGAACAAAACAAAAAAGAUAAAAGUGACUUAUCUAAUAUUAGAUUGAAUCCAAAAACAGCGAAAUCAUUAAAGCCGAACGUGACGUCACACUUAAAUAAUAUUCUUCAUCGUACAAUGCAAAAGCCAUACCUUAUUGAAAAUCCAAAAUUGUGUUCUUCUGUUAAAGGACUUAAAGUUCUUGUUAUAGUGCAUUCAGCAACGAAACAUUUCGAGAAAAGGUUAGUGAUGCGGGAAACAUGGACUAACAAUUCGUACUAUCCGAAUUUAGGACCCAUCCGAACAAUGUUCCUUUUGGGCCGUGCGCCAACCCCUUACGUUAAAGCGAGCAUUAAUCAAGAAUUCAAACAGUACGGUGAUAUUCUACAGGGCGAUUUUGUCGAUUCCUACCACAACUUGACAUUGAAAGGCGUAACAGCCUAUAAAUGGGUGACUGAGAAGUGCAGAAACGCUCAAGUGAUACUCAAAAUAGAUGAUGACGUCAUCAUCAAUAUGUUUCAUUUUCUCACCCAGACUGUGCCAUUUAUUGUAUCGAAACCAAAACACAUUGCAUGCCGGCGUUCGGGGAUGGCUCGAGUCAAUCGGAACCCGAAUAACAAGUGGUUCGUGGCAAAAGAGCUAUUUGUUGGAGAAAAAACAUACCCUGAAUAUUGUGAGGGAUUUAUGGUAGCGUUUUCAAAUGAUCUUUUACCCAGUCUAUUCAAGUCAGCUAUGCUGACACCAUUUUUCUGGAUAGAUGACGUAUACCUUUAUGGACUUGUGCCAAGAAAUAUACCGGGAGUACAUUAUACAAAUCUGACGUUUGAGAAUGAUGUAUUGUGGGGAAUAGACAAAAUAAAAGAGUGUUUAAAAAAGGAAACGAAAUGCAAUCAUUUUGUGUUUUUAUUAUUAAAACAUUCGUCGCUUAAAGUAAGAAGCAUGUGGGCACUAGUUCUAAAUCAGAAGACGAAACGGAAUUAACCAACAGAUUAUCUCCUAAUAUAGGAAUAUAAACUGUAUGCAUAACAGUUGAAUGGGCAUUAUUUUUUUAUUCAAAUAUAUAUUUUGGAUUUAUUUUAUUAAAAGAAAACAAUAACACGUAUUGAUAACAUUUUACGAAUGCAAGACGAAGAAUAAUAUCAAAGUGUAUUUAUAAAGCUGAAUACCUGUUAACAAGAUCAAAAAUUAAUUUUGAAAUACCUGUAAAACACUUCCGAAAUACAUGUAUGAACAAAACAUGUCUGAAUGUAUCCUUAAAGGCCCAUUAUGCCUCAGAAAUUAGUUUUUGUUAUUUCACAAAACCUUAAACUGUUAAAAGUUCGGUAUCUUGUUACAGUUUCAAAAAAAAUACUCAUUUUGCCAUAUAUAUGAACUAUCUUUGCUCCUUUUGGCCAUAGUUGGCAAUUUGUAUAAUUAUAGUGAAUAAGUAUGUUGUACGGAAGUCAAAAUAUUUUUCUUUGUUUACAUUUUGAUAACUUUACGACACAUUACUGUGCAUUCAUAGCUAAUUUCUUUAGCUGUUAUAUAUCUUUAAUGCUCUAGAUUUAUCCAUUAUAAAAACAUUAUUAAACACAUGUUGACUUUUCCAGAGAUGUUCAUAAAUAUUGAUUUUAAUUAAGGCAUAAUGUGCCUUUAAGAGCGAAUUUUCCAUGCACAAAAUUAUUGCUGAAUGGUUGAAACCCUACAGGCAAGAUAAUAUUUUGUUCUGGGACCUUUUACGUUUACUAUAAAUGUGUAUUAAAUAACAGAGACAUUCUAUGAUGCAACUAUUCGUAGAACCAGCCAUAAGAUUACCGAAACAGCAUUAUCGUAAAUUGUUUAUAAACUUUAUAGAAUAGAACAUUUAUAAGCUAUAGCUUUAUACCCUUUUAUACCCUUUAUUAUGUAUGCAAUAUUGAAAAUAUGUUACCUCCAUUAGUUUCAGUUAUAGCACGGUUUAAAUUUUUGAUAACUACAUGUAGUCCGAGAGCCGAUGUUAUAAAACGUUGUUAGCCAUCUCAAUUCAGGGGAAGUCACUGCUGAAUAUUUGCUUUCAUUUAUUUUGUAAAGAUUGCGCCCCUUGGAUAAAGAAAAAUAAUUAUAUUUUUACUUGUGGAUUAUAUUAUUUUUUAAAUCAUACUUUGUUUUAUUAUUUAAGAUGAAUGGUAAUAUAAUAUAUGUAUUCUUAACAGGUCACGUAAUACUAUAGUUAAUAUAUUUUGUUAAAUUGAUAAAUUGAAGUUAUAUUAGAUAUAUAUAACAUGAUGAUUAUAUGUUAUUAAAAG